CUCGUUGAAACGUCGGGGUAAAGGCCUAGGUGGCGAUGGCUACCGUUGGCGAGCCGACGGAUGGCGAGGCACUGAUUCCUGGAGCUGAGGCUGCUGAGGCAGCAGCCCAAGCUCAAGUUGCGGAUGAAGCAGGAUUAGAACUGGAGCGCCAAGAGAUACUGGCUGCUCAGGGUCCGGUGCUGCACAUGGCCUGCGCCAUGUGUUUAUUUGCAACGCUUCUGUGCAUAAUGACCGUCGCCAGCAUAGGUCUCCUUGUGUAUUUGGCCUAUGAAUACUCCAAACAUAGCACGGACAAUUGUGAUGUGCCAUUGCAGCUUUGGGUGCAGGUUGUUUCAUUAACUGCACUCUUCAAUUUGGCGUGUAACCAACAUGAUCGGUAUGGCACCUUAGGUGCCAGGAUCUUCUGCGGCUGGUCCUUCGACCCGGAGAAUCCUGAACGUCCCCCGUUCAGGGUGCAGUUUUACAACAUGCUUAUUCCUAGCUUUACAGCAUUGUGGAACUGUGUCGGUCUAUACUGGGUGAGCAAAGCGCACGAGCCUAGAGAUGGAUUCCACCCAGGUGGCAAUAGCACGGUGCACCUGCCGGAGGAAAAGAUUUCGCGUUGUACUGAGGUUGCCGCAGGCUUAUUGUCGGCUGUACGUGCAUAUGCGGGCUUCAACCUGAUGUAUUCCAUGUUCAUCCUCAUCGGGGUGGCGGGCCUCUCCCAACUGCUGUACUUCCUGGCCAGGAGAGGUUUCUUUCGCGUCAGUGAUGCGGCGCCCCCCGGCAGCUUGGAACGAAACACGGAGGAAGUGGGCUUGGACGAUCCCGCCAUCGUGGACCAUCCGCAGUGCCCUAUCUGCCUAGAGGACUUUGGUGAGAAUGAAGUCCUGGUGAAGACGAAGGGCUGUGGCCACGUUUUUCACAAGGAACAUCUUCAAGAUUGGCUGCAAAUGCACAGGACUUGCCCGCUCUGUCGCUUCGAUUUAGGUCGCAGAAGCAGUGCCUAGCGGCAACUCCAGCGGGCAGCUGAUCUUGUUUCACAAGCUAGCUUGGUGAGUCGCGAUGGGGUCGGGAGUGCCAAUGCUUUGAUGACUCGCUUGAGGGAG